GGGGAAAUCCCGGGCGACGCCGUGAGGCCCCUCCCUGCCCCAUUAUAAAGGGCGGAGUGCGGCUCCGGGAACCGCAGAGUGACGCGGAGCGCGGGCCGCAAUGCCGCUGUCGCAGAGCAGAGCCGGGCCGAUGCCGUGCAGCAGCAAAGUGUGCAGGAACCUCUUUGGCCCCGUGGACCACGAGCAGAUCCAGAACGACUUUGAGGAACUGCUGAGGCAGCAGCUGGAAGAAGCUCAGCGGCGCUGGAACUUCAACUUCGAAACGGAGACACCCCUGGAAGGGCAUUUCAAAUGGGAGAGGGUCCUGCUGGCAGAGCAGCCCUCACGGGGGGGCUUCAGCUUGGCCAAGGCCACCAGCGGGGGCGAUCACGGGAGCUCAGCACCCCACAGGGUUCCCCCCAAGGAUGGUGUCGGUGGGGCUCAUCAUGGGGCAGCCCAGCAGAGCUCGGAGCUCGCCAGGGUCGGUUCUCCACAGCGCUUGAAACGUGGGCAGACCACCGUCAAAGACUUCUACAGCUCCAAGAGAAGAGUUGUCCACGACAAGCCCAAGCUGUGACUGCUGCUGCUGGGGAUGGAUGCGGAUGCUGACGUGCCCUGGGGGUGUCGUGGCUCUUUUCCCUGCCCUGUGCUGUCUGAGCUGUCUGUAUGAAGCGAUGCUGAGUCUGUAGUUCCCUAUUUAUGAGUAGCUCUGGGCUCCUGAGGGGCCCACACUGUGUGCAAUGUAUAGGAGGAGCUGACGCUGGAGACCACGGAAAGGACUGAGGGGGACUGGAAUGCAGCAAGCGGGGCUGAGUGUCCCCUGCCCUGCGUUGGCGUGGUCCUUGUGGCAUCCUGGUGCCCAGCACUGCCUGUUGCCUGGCAUGGAGCAGCUCCAAAACGCUCAGUCUCACUGGUGUGGAUCACGGCUGGGUGUGAGCCCUGCGUGGAGCUGCUCCCAGUGACUCAGCGAUGCAUUUGUCACAGAGUGGUGACAAACGUGCUGGAGGUGCCCCGUGGGGCCAGCGCUGCUCAGGAGGUGCUGGGCUGCUCCAGGCUCUGCUGCCCCAUGGCUGGUGCUGUUCCUGGCGUGCUGUUGGCUUGCUGCGCCUCGUUUGAUGCUGACACUAAGCUGGAUGGAGAGCUGCUGCUGCUUGGCACUGCCAGGCUGCUGGAGGGGCAGAGCGCUGCUCAGCAGCAGCUGGAAGAAGUGACAGCCUUCUCCUGGACUAUUUCCUACUUUGGAGCUGGGGGAGAGGACCCUGGCCUGGCUCUGCAGAGCAGCUGCUGUUGUCUCUGUGACCCAGGGAUGUCCUGGAGGAUGCAGCCCUGCUCCGAGGCUCUCGGUGCUGUUGGAUCUCAGCACUUUCACUGGGUUCCCCUCCUGCCUCUCUGUGCUGGGAUUCGAAGGGGCGCAGGGUGAUCCCAGGCAGAGGAGGUGGGCGCUGCUCCCAGCUCGUACCGUGAUGCACUUUGCUGUCAGAGAUGCUGGCAGCUGCCCAGCACUAAAUGUUUAUUUAUGAAAACGCUAUUGAGGCUUCUUGGAAGGGGAAAUACCUGUUUGUCUGUGAGUGUAACUGAAUAAACACUUGUCUCAUGGAAGGGAAUGGG